AUGAGGAUAAUUCAUAUUGGGAAGAAACCGUACAAAUGUGAAGAAUGUGGCAAAGCUUUCAGGCAAUCCUCACACCUUACUAGACAUAAAGCAAUUCAUACUGGGGAGAAACCCUACAAAUGUGAAGAGUGCGGCAAAGCUUUUAACCAUUUCUCAGCCCUUAGGAAACAUAAGAUAAUUCAUACCGGGGAGAAACCAUACAAAUGUGAAGAAUGUGGUAAAGCUUUUAAGUGGUCCUCAAGACUUACGGAACAUAAGGUAAUUCAUACUGUAGAGAAACCCUGCAAAUGUGAAGAAUGUGGCAAAGCUUUUAGGCAUUUCCCAGCCCUUAGAAAACAUAAGAUAAUCCAUACCGGAAAGAAACCCUACAAAUGUGAAGAAUGUGGCAAAGCUUUUAACAAUUCCUCAACCCUUUUGAAACAUAAGAUAAUUCACACUGAGGAGAAACCAUACAAAUGUGAAGAAUGUGGCCAAGCUUUUAGCCAUUUCUCACACCUUACUAAACAUAGGAUAAUUCAUACAAGAAAGAAACCCUACAAAUGUGAAGAGUGUGGUAAAGCAUUUAGUCAGUCGUAA